CCUUGUUUUUCCGAACUGGAACAUGGCUGUAAGUGAGAUAAUCGGUAAAGUGAUGAUACAGAUCAGAUUUGUCUUGCGAUAAAUUAAAGUUGGAGUUAAUGGCUCAGCGGAAAUGAAACGUCAGCUGGUUCGGAUGCACAUGGACAUGUACGGAUUCAGCGGAGUGUUCCUGACCAAAAGGCUGACGGACAACGCCGAACUACAAGUCUCGGUGACGCCGGACGUAAACGAAGCGAACCCUCACGGCUGCGAUAAUGGAGCCUUAAUGGACCGGUUCGGAGUGCUGAUCCAGGGACUGCUGGCCAUCAUCGCCUUCAGUACCCUGAUGCUGAAAAGGUUUCGAGAGCCCGCUGGGAUCAGACGACCGUGGAGGAUCUGGUUAUUCGAUACAUCCAAACAGGCCAUCGGGGCUCUUUUCAUCCACUUUGCCAACGUUUUCUUGUCCACGCUCACCAAAGAGGACCCAUGCUCUCUCUAUCUGAUGAACUUCCUGCUGGAUGCCACCCUGGGGAUGCUGGUUAUCUGGAUUGCGGUCAAGCUGCUGUCCAAGCUGAUCGAGUGCAAGCAGUGGAUGUUGCUCACGUUCGGAGAAUAUGGUGACCCUCCGCGGGCAGCAGCAUGGCUCGGUCAGUGUGGCAUCUACCUCCUCAUCAUGGUGUUGGAGAAAAGUGUGGUCAGUCUGGCGCUGCUCAUUCCUGGCUGGUCCAAACUUCAGGAGGUUUUGCUCAGCUACAUUUCGGACCCUCAGCUGGAGUUGGUGCUGGUCAUGCUCAUUGUACCCUUUAUAGUCAACUCCAUCAUGUUCUGGGUGGUGGACAGUCUGAUGAUGAGGAAGUAUAAGACGAUGAAGAGCCUGGAUGACUCCUGCGACAGCGCUGUGAAGGUGGAACCUCCUCCAUGGGGAAAUGGGGAUGAGUCUGAGGUCCUACUCACAGUGGAGACGGACGAGGCGUCAGACGAUGAAGAGCCCAGCGACGUGGACUUGCUCCCACACAUCCAGUACUCAGAAGCACUGGUCCGUCCCAGCUGGGUGGUGGUCUAGAAAGCAAAACUCCCACUGCCUUAACGCACCAUCUGACCCUUGAAAACGUAAACAACCUCUCAGGCAGGCGCCUCUGCUGACUGUAAAUCAGGAAUUACUAGCUUCUCUCACCUCGCUGCCUGCAACAUCACAGCGACCACAACUGAGCAAAGAUUAUUAGUGACAUGGAGUUCAGGGUUGAUGUCAGUCAGUUAUCUUGGUGUAUGAGGGACUUUUGGGAGUGAUGUUGCUCUAAAAAGAGACAUUCAUCAUGUAUCGUAUUCCAAAGAGGAGUGUUAAGUAUACAUGUCUUUUUUUAUUAUGACUUGAAUGCACCUUUUUCUUUCAUGUGUAAUUAUAGUCCUCCCCCAGCCUUGAUACUUGAACGUUUCAUUAAUUAUCGCUUUUAUACCAACGUGACCACCCUGUCGGUCUUUUAACCACCUGAUAUCAUUCCUCAAUGCCAUGUUUACAGCAGGAUGCCAUGAAGUAAUAAAAGAUAAUGAAUAACUGAAUGCACAACACCAAAAAUGAUCCUGCGUAGCUUUCACUAAAUGCACCUAAGAUUUAUCUAUCCACAGAAUCCGUGUGGAUAGUGCUCAUCUGCAGGUGACUACUAUUUUGGGAAGUCUCUGAGUGUUGUUGAUGUAGUGACCCUUUUUUCAUUAUGAAUUUUCCGUUUGUUUUUUCACAUUCUUAGGCCGUCCAUGCAGCAUCUACAGUAUUGUUAUCAUAUAUGCAAUGUAAUUGUAAAUAUUUUAGAACAUUUACGCAUCGAAUGUUCUGCAUCACAAUCAUAAAUCCAAAAUAUCAGGAUUUUUAUUUCCUGUUUUAUUCCAUUUUUUGUAGUAUUUUAAAUACUUGCAACUAUUAUUUUGAGUUUUUUUUUUUAGCUCUUGUCAUGUAUUUAAGCAUGUAUAUUUUUCAAUGUUUGGGUUGUAUAUGUGGGUGCGAAAAGCUAACUUAAGCAUUAAAACCACUUUGUUCUACGGUUUGUGUGGAAGAAAAAUCUCUCAAAUUUUCAAAAAAAAAAAACAGGAUUGCUAUUUAACAAUGAAGUAAUAUUAAAUAAAAUUGCUUAACUGUCAAAUUAUUAAUCCUAGUAUUACUAAUGCGAAGCUAAGUUAGCUCUAGAACAGUUCUUGGCAGUUUGCAUUCGGUAUGCUUAUAUUAAUCUGUUAAAAUAUUUGACUGUAUUCUAACGUGGUUGAAUCUGUGGUAACUAGAAUAUACAGCAACUCCAAAGGUGCUCUAUCAUCUUUCAAUGCAUUAUCAACACUAUUGUAUUUAUUCUGUCUGUUAUGUGUUUUUCUUUCCAUAAACGUGGUUGAAGCCGUGGGCUUCAUAUUGAAUGUAUCUUUAAUCUCUGAAUAAAGAUGACUGACGUAUGAA